UGACAACUUGUUGCGGAGAGAGUACUGUGAUGAAGCCAGAAAAUACGGACAUGAAAAAAUUGAGCUAGGCCACCGUCCUCGGCGGGUGACCGUUUUCCUGAAUCCUGCUGCACGAGAAGGGAAAGCAAGAAAGCUGUUUGAGAAGACUGCUGCUCCAAUAUUGUAUGUGGCUGGAAUUGAAGUCAAUGUUGUUGCUACAGAGUACGAAGGCCAGGUGAAGAAUUUCAUGACAGUGCUAGACACCGAAGACACUGAUGCCGUUAUUGUUGCUGGUGGAGAUGGCACUUUGUUGGAGUUUUAUUUCUCCUCUGUUUUCUUCCAGGCUGUAACUGGCUUCUUAAGAAAGGAGGACAGGGACUUUAGCGAGAACAUUCCACUGGGUGUAAUUCCUCUGGGCAAGACAAACAGAUUCUCCAAGAUCUUGUUUGGUCCAGAUUUGGACGAAGUCAAAAUGAUAGCCGAGGCUGCCAUUGCUGUGGUGAGAGCGGUUACCAAGAAAGUGGAUGUCAUCAAGUUUGAUGGAGGUGAGGGAAAGACGAUCUACUCGCUGUGUGGUCUGGAGGUCGGAGCAUACAGAGACGCGGAGGACAGGAAGAGCAAGUAUUGGUACUUCGGUCCUCUCAAGCAUCGCUGGACGUACGUUCGCACGGCCAUGAAGGACUGGCCGCCGGUGAUAAAUGCCCAGGUCUCCUACCUGGAGGCCAAUGAGGAGAACAUGGCCGGGGAGGACGAGGUGGUCGGGAAGAAGAAGAACAGCGGACAGAGCUGGAGUUUCUUCAACUUUUUGUUCCGCCGCAAUCAGCGAGAUGCAAAAUGGGAAGCUGAGCAGAAAGCGAAAGAAGAGGAGAGAAGGAAAGAAGAAGCUGCCCAGAUGGUGACGUCUGAUGUGGCCACAGUAGAAAUGACAGUGACGACAUCCACGUUGGUUGAUUCUGAAGCCCCCCUAAAAAGUCUACAGAUGGGUCUUGGCCCAAGUGAUCCUGGGAAGAUGGAUGUUAUCCGAGAAGGGUCGCGCAGGAUGAAAGAGAGAGGGUUCAGCAUGGGCUCCCCAGAUGACCAGCGCUUAUUGGCGAAGAAAAUUCAUAUUGAGCCAAAGGAGGAGGAGGAGAGAUGGUUCAACAUUGACGGAGAAGCCUUUGAAGCCAUGCCCGUGGACAUCACGCUCCUGAGAAACAAACUCAACUUCUUCUGCCCACAACCCCAGCCCGCCACUAGCUGACAGAGUCCUCACGCUGUCCCGAUCUUCAAGUAGUAGGAUAUUUAUUAUUGCAAAUAUCUCUGACAGGCUGUCAUUGUGAUCUGAGUUUGUCAACAUUUUUAUUGCGCACACUUUUCAUUUGGUUAUGAGUGUGGGUGAAAGUGGUAUUCGUUGGUUGAUGUUUGUGAUGUGUAUGCAGAAUAAAAUGGCUGUCAAAAAUCAGAA